AUGGACAAAUUUGUUAUAAAAAAAAAAAUUAAUUUGCAUGAAACCCAUGAAAGUGUCACAUCAACAGAAGAAGUGGAUACUUUAACUCCAAGUUUGUCGUUCAAUAGUUUAUUGACUUCUGCUUCGACGAGCUCAAUAGAAUCGCAACGUAUUAUUAAUGAUAAUAAUGAUACUACUACUUCAUCGGAAAGUUAUGAUAUUGGUAACUAUAUAGACCACAUAUAUUCUAUUAAUGAUUUUACUAAAUUUAUGAUUCUUAAAAAUCACUGGGUCCCUCCAAAAAAUUAUAUAUUACCUUUUUCUGUACAUAACAAACGCAAUAGAGAAGAAAAGCGACGUCCUAAUCAUCAGCAUUUAUCUAAUUAUUCUUGGUUAGUUUAUUCCGAUGUGAAAAAAGGACUUUUUUGCAAAAAUUGCGCCAUUUUUACUAAUGAUAUUCUAGUAGGUGGUCAAAAAACAAUAUCUGUUAAAAAAUUGGUGACAGAACCCCUUAUAAAAUUUGCUAAUUUAUUAGGAAAACAUGGAGACUUAGACUGCCAUUCUCAAACUCAGUAUCAUAAGUUGGCAAUAGUUAAAAGUGAAUCAUUUAUUCAAGUAUAUAAAAAUCCAUCUUAUGAUAUUCGGAAUCAGGUUGAAACUUCACGUAAACAACAGGCUAUUGAAAAUAGAGAAAGACUUGUUCCAAUAAUAAAAACUUUAAUUUUACAUGGACAACAGAAUAUACCUAUAAGAGGCCAUCGUGAUGAUGGUUCAUUACUUAAUACAAAUAAUAGUCCUGUUGCAACUGAAGGAAAUUUUCAUUCAUUACUAAGAUUCCGAAUAGAUAGUGGGGAUAAAGUUUUGGAAAAUCAUUUAAUGACAGCUAAAAAUAAUGCUAUUUAUAUUAGUAAAACAUCAACAAAUGAGUUAAUAAAUCAUUGUGGUAAUGAAGUUCUUUCUAUUUUAUUAAAUAGAAUACAUAAGGCAAAAUAUUACUGUGUUUUAUUUGAUGAAACAACUGAUGUAUCUCACAUAUCCCAACUUAGUAUAUCAAUUAGAUAUAUUUAUGAAAAUACAGUCAGAGAAGAUUUUAUUGGUUUUGUUGAUCUUCAUAAGGACAAUUAUAGUGCAGAUGCUCUUGAUUUUGAUACAGAUAAUGAAAGUAACACAUUAGAUUUACAACAGUCAGAACCAACUAUUACAGGAGAAAUACUUGGUUCAACAGUUGUAAAAAAGUUGAAAAGUGUGGGACUAGAUUUAAAAUUAUGUGUAGGAAUCGGUUGUGAUGGUUGCAGUGUUAAUAUGUCGACAAUAUGUGGAGCAGCAAUUACUAUACAAAAAUCUGCCAAGAAUGCUUUAAUAUGUCCGUGUUUAAAUCAUUCAUUGAAUAAUAAUUUAUCUAGAUCAAAUAAGAUUCAAAGUGUAAGAAACGCUAUUGGAACUGUACAAGAAAUAAUAAAGUUUUUCAAUGUUUCAGCUAAAAGAAAUUUUAUUUUAAAAAAACAUUUAGGGUAUCAGCUGACUAGUCACUGCAUAACUCGCUGGAUUGAGAGGCAUGAUUCUGUAUUACAAUUUAUAAAUGACCUUCCAAUUAUAUUGAAAAGUUUAACUGAAAUUUCUACAUGGUAUGAUAUAUCUACUUCAUCAAAAGCCAAUUCAUUGUGUAAAACUAUACAAGACAGUGAAUUUGUUAUGUGUAUUUUCUCUUUAAAUGACAUAAUGUGUCUAACACGACCUUUAAGUAUAUUACUCCAAACUAAAAAUUUAGACCUUUUUUCUGCUACUACUAAAAUAAAAGAACUUAGAGAAGUACUAAGUACAAAACGAAACGAUGCAAAUCAGUGCUUUAAUAUUAUAUAUAAUAAUGUUGUUGAAAUGAUGUCAAAAUUAGGCACUGAACUAAAACUUCCAAGGACUUCUAAAAGGCAGACUUACAGAAAUAAUAUUGAAGUCAACCCAGAAGACAGUCAAGGUUACUGGAGAAUAUCAAUUUAUAUUCCUAUUUUAGAUGAAGUAAUAAAAGAUUUUGAUAAUAGGUUUUCUAGUGAUAAUAUGCAAUGCUUUAAUCUUAAUUUUUUGAUGCCAUUGAAUCUCAUGAAAUGUUUCAAAAACACUGAACAGUUAAAUCAAUCAAUUAAAGACAUUUCUAAUCAAUAUAGUGAGUUAUUUGGUGAAUCUAUAUUUUCUAUUGAACAAAAACUAAAAGGAGAAUUAAAUCUAUUUGAAAAUAAAUUAAAAUCAGAUACUGACCUCACAACUAUAACAUCAGCUAUAACAUUUCUAGACAAGCUUGAUUGUGACUAUUUUCCAGUAUUUUCUUUAUUUAUUAAAAUUCUAAUCACUCUCCCAAUAUCUAUUGCUACAGCAGAAAGAAGCUUUUCUUCUCUACGUUUACUAAAAACAUGGUUAAGAUCUAGAAUGAGCGAAGAAAGAAAGUUUGACGAAAAAUCGGAAGACCAAUGUAAUUGGUCCACAUAA